AUGUCUCAGAUACAAAGACAGAUACAACAAGACUGGGUUAAUCGAGAAUAUAUUGAACUUAUGACCUGCAGCAUUAAGAAAGUUACAGAUUUUCUAAAUUCUUUUGAUAUGUCAUGUAGAUCCAAGCUGGCCACGCUGAAUGAAAAAUUAACGACAUUGGAAAGACGCGUGGAGUACAUUGAAGCUCGAGUUACUAAAGGAGAAACCAUGUCUUGA